CAUAUAUACGUAACUCAUACAAAUUAAUUGAAGAAGGAAAAUUGGAAAACUAAAUGCAAUGACAAAAGCGAAUAUAUUUGAUCACAUUUCGCUAAUACUUUAAUCGGAAUGCGUUGCAAGUGUAAAUAUGUAAAACGCAACGCGUGUGCAGUGCAAGGCGAAACAUAGCAAAUCAAACAAUACCAUCAGGCAGGCAAAAGCAGCAGCAGAGGCAGAGGCCGAUCUGACGUGAAAGAAAAACGACGCAUGCAGAGGAAAAAUGCCGCAGUCGUGUUGAUAAAUUAGCAAUAAGUGUUUAAUUGCAAAAGUAAGCGGCAUAAAUGUAAGGAAAACACUAUUUUUCCAUAGUUUUAUCUUAUUUUUUACAUGCAUUUGGUGCUGGCUGGCGAAUGUAAGCCAAAGGAGAUUCUUGCAUGUCCUGAGAGGAAGGAUAAACAGAGAAAGAGGUAGCGAGAGAGAUAUUGAAUAACAGCAACAGCAACAACAACAGCUGAUUAAAAGGAAAAAGUAAAUAAGAAAAGAAAAACAAACGAAUUGUAAAACUAAAAAGAGCGCGUACAAAAAAGAGAGAGAGGGAGAGCAAGCGAGAGAAUUGGUGGGAGGCAUAACAUGAAUAACAGAGAUGCCAUCGGCACGUCCUGGUAGUCUCAAAGAUCCGGAAAUAGCCGAUCUAUUCAACAAGCAUGAUCCGGAGAAGAUCUUUGAGGAUUUGCGUGAAAUUGGCCAUGGCUCGUUCGGUGCCGUCUACUAUGCCCGCUGCAAUCUCAACAAGGAGAUUGUGGCCAUUAAGAAGAUGUCGUAUACGGGCAAGCAGAGUCAGGAGAAAUGGCAGGAUAUUCUCAAGGAGAUACGGUUCUUACGUCAAUUGAAUCAUCCGAAUACCAUUGAAUACAAGGGAUGUUACCUACGGGAAUCCACAGCCUGGCUAGUAAUGGAAUAUUGUGUUGGAUCCGCCUCGGACAUCAUUGAGGUGCACAAGAAGCCAUUGCAUGAGGAUGAGAUCGCUGCCAUCUGUUUGGGAGUGCUCAGCGGAUUGAGCUAUCUACAUUCAUUGGGACGCAUCCAUCGGGACAUCAAGGCGGGCAAUAUACUCCUUACGGAUAAUGGCGUUGUGAAAUUGGCGGAUUUUGGCAGUGCAGCUAUCAAGUGUCCAGCGAAUAGCUUUGUGGGUACGCCGUAUUGGAUGGCACCGGAGGUUAUACUGGCAAUGGACGAGGGUCAAUACGAUGGCAAAGUGGAUGUCUGGUCUCUGGGCAUCACAUGCAUUGAGUUGGCCGAAAGAAAACCCCCAUACUUCAAUAUGAAUGCCAUGUCCGCACUUUAUCACAUUGCACAGAAUGAAUCGCCAACGUUGCCGAAAAACGAUUGGUCCGAUACAUUCUGCAAUUUUGUGGACCUCUGCCUCAAAAAGAUGCCCGCGGAGCGACCAUCAUCGGCCAAACUGUUGCAACACGCCUACGUGACACGUCCGCGAUCGGAGACCGUGUUGCUGGAGCUGAUUGCGCGCACCAAGUCGGCGGUGCGUGAGUUGGACAACCUUAAUUAUCGCAAAAUGAAGAAGAUACUCAUGGUGGACACCUGCGAAACGGAGAGCGCCGUCGGCGAUACCGAUGAUCAGCAGGACGAUCAUGCAGGCGGUGACAGCAGCAAGAGCAAUAGUAUUACUUCCGAACACUCCAUACACUCGGUGGGUGUAUCGGCGGCCAGUAGUCAGAGCUCCUCGUCGAAUUCCAUACCGGCUGCAGCGCAGAAUCAUCUGCAUAUGAAGGCGCAUCAGCAUCAUCAUCAUCAGCAGGCAGCGGCUGUGGCAGCAGCCAUGCAACAUCAGCGAGAGCUGCAGCAGCAACAGCCGUUUGGCAACUGGUCAAAUGCACAGCAGCAGCAACAACAACAGACGUCGGGCGGAGGCGGGGGUGGUGCCGUGUCCCGCAACUCGUCGCGUCAUCGCAAUCUGCCGCCGUUGCCGAACAUAAUGCACAGCAUGAACAACAAUGUGACACCAACGAAUUCGGCAUCUGUCGUCCCGGCACCGCAACCGGCACCAGCACCUGCCCCCACCCCGCCCAUGUCAGUGAUGCCACCACAUUUGGGCAUGGUGGGACACGGUGCUCUUGGCACUGGCAACACUGUUGGCGUUGGCGGUUGUGGCAACAGCACUGGUGGCUCACCGGCUGGCGGUGAUCAUCGGCUGCCGGGACUUGGACCACGAUACCUAUCGACUCCGGCAGCCCAAGCGGCCGUCUAUGCGGCAUCAUCGGCAUCCUCGCAGCAGGCCAUUUCCAAUGCGGUCAACGAUCAUGGCCCCAACAAUUUUGCCACCAUACGAACCACCAGCAUUGUGACCAAACAGCAGAAGGAGCAUAUGCAGGAAGAGAUGCACGAACAAAUGUCGGGAUACAAGCGCAUGCGAAGAGAGCAUCAGGCGACAUUGCUUAAGCUGGAAGAGAAGUGCAAGGUGGAGAUGGAAACGCACAAGUCGGCGCUGGACAAAGAGUAUGAUAAUCUUUUGCAUAAUUUCACCAGAGAACUGGAACGUCUUGAGGUCAGGCAUCAGCAGGAUUUGGAGCGACGAUCGAAGCAGACGACAACGGCCGAGAAGAAACUACAUAAAGAGAUUACACUGAAGCAGGAGGGAGAUCGCAAAGUGCACGAUUUGAAUCGCAAAAAGGAAUACAAAGCGAACAAGGAGCGCUGGAAACGUGAACUCUCCAUGGAUGAGUCAACGCCAAAGCGACAGCGUGAUUUAACCUUGCAAUCCCAAAAGGAUAAUCUAAAGCAGCACGAGGCCGAAGUGGAGCAACGCCUGCUGCAGGCCCAGAAGCAAUACAUUGACCUCGAGAUGCGCAAAUUCAAGCGAAGACGCAUGGUAAUGCUGCACAGCCUCGAGGAUCAGUUAUUGUGCGAUGAGCUGAGCAAGAAGCAACAGCAGCUGGAACAGGCACAUGGCAUGCUCUUAAAACACCAUGAAAAGACACAAGAGCUCGAGUAUCGCCAACAGAAGAGCGUGCAUCAGUUGCGCGAAGAGCAGAUAAACAAGCAACACGACACGGAGUUGCACAAUCAAAAAGACUAUAUGGAUCGCAUCAAGAAGGAGCUGGUGCGGAAGCAUGCCCUCGAGCUAAGACAACAGCCGAAGAGCCUUAAGCAAAAGGAGCUGCAGAUACGUAAACAGUUCCGUGAGACGUGCAAAACGCAAACAAAACAAUAUAAACGCUAUAAGGCGCAAGUGCUGCAAACGACACCAAAGGAGCAACAAAAGGAGGUGAUCAAGCAGCUCAAGGAGGAGAAGCAUCGCAAGCUGACGCUGCUGGGUGAACAGUAUGAACAAAGCAUUGCCGACAUGUUCCAAAGUCAAAGUUAUAAACUGGACGAGAGUCAAGUGAUCGAGUGCCAACGUACCAAUGAGCAAUUGGAAUAUGAACUGGAUAUGCUCACAGCCUACCAGAACAAGAACAAGAAGCAGGCGCAGGAGCAGCGCGAUCGGGAGCGUCGUGAGCUCGAGAAUCGUGUGAGCGUGCGGCGUGGUCUAUUGGAGAAUAAGAUGGUUGCCGAAUUGCAGCAAUUUAAUCUGGAACGUGCCGAGCGCUUGCGCACGAAACACGAGAAGCAUGCUAAAGAAUUGGAAGCUUUUGAUAAUGAGUCAAUAGCUUUAGGUUUCAGCACUCUAUCCAUAAAUGAGGUAUCACGCGAGACCUAUCCAGAUGAGGAGGGUAGUUUGUCUGGCUCCAUGAUUAGUUUAGCCCAUAGCAAUAGUUCAACAAGUUUUCCGGCUGGUUCGCUAUAGCAUAGACAACAACAACAGCAACAGCAAC